AUGAACAGGGAUGCACAGAUGAAAGCAAUUCUUCACCAGAAACUGAUAGAAACUGGGGAACGAGAACGACUUCAAGAGAGGAUAAGAGCGAAAUUCCUUGAAUGUGGUUGGAAAGAUCAAUUACAAGCUCAUUGUCGAGCUGUGAUUCAAGAAAAAGGGGUAGAACAGGUCAAUGUUGACACCUUGGUAGCAGAGCUCACUCCCAAAGCUAGAGCACUUGUACCAGACAGUUUCAAGGAGGAACUUUUACAAAGAGUAAGAACUUUCCUUGCUCAGCAGGUUCCUGAGAGCCUGGACCUCCUAGAAGAAAAACUGGGCGUGGAGUACAAGGCCAAAGGGACCCCCUCCCAGCACCCUGGCAAGACCAGGCAGGCCUUGACUUUCCCUCAGUAG